AUGGCGAGCUUUAACAACACCCAGUGGCAGUUGACGGAGGUUAAGAGCCCAAACCUAGACCAGCCUGUGCCGGUGGUCGCAGUUCUGAACUUGCCUUACGUGAACAAUGGCCACAGGUUUCAGACCCUUAACAUCUACCUUCCAAAGACGAAUCAAACAAACAACCUCGUUGGACAACCAGUCGCCAAUCUGCCGUCAUAUUCACCUGCCGACGGCGUUCCUUGUUGGCAGGUCCAUAUCCAUGGCGGGGCAUGGCGAGACCCUGAACUUACCUCAACUUCUAUUGAACCUGCCGCGGCUCAUGCCUUUGCUGGAAGCGACACGAAACACCCAAUCACUGCGAUCAUCUCAAUGAACUAUACGCUGUCGCCAUUUCCAACUCAUCCAACUUUGCCUUACGAUCCGACCAAGGGAGAUAGCUCAGAUCCGUCGAGAGAUGGGCAUCAUCCCGACCAUAUCCGCGACGUUCUUCAAGGAUUCGCUUUUCUACGCACGCUUGGUCUUCAUGAUGAUUCAUACGUCCUUUCAGGCCAUAGUGCUGGCGCAUGUCUUGCCUUCCAGUCGACUCUCCGGUCACCACAAGCCUGGGGCCUCGACGCUGCUAUGGAGCCCCCUCGGCCCGUGGCGGUUGUGGGAAUGAACGGAUUGUAUGAUCUGCCGGGGCUUGUACAUGACUUGGGGUCAUCGCAUGCUAGCCUCAAGGAAGUCUAUCAAGGAUUUCAGAGCAUCACAUUCGGACCAGACCAAGCAAAGUGGGAGGCUCCAAGUCCGUCCCAUGUCCCUGUUGAUGAGCUCGAACGGAGAGUCAAGUCCGGAAAGGUACCUCGCCUCAUCAUGAUAGACCAGAGCGCGGAAGAUCAGUUGGUUCCGACGAACCAGGCCGAUAAGCUUGAAGCUCGCCUGAACGGAAUUGCCGGCUUGCAUGUAGUCAGAGGCACCCGAUGUGAGGGCCGGCAUGCAGCUCCCUGGGAGGAAGGGUACAUGAUUUGGAAUAAUGUGCAGGACAUCUUGAAGCAUCUUGGGUAA